CUGGGACUGGGAACUUUUGCCCAGCAUGCCCAUGGAGCCGACGAAGCUGCCACAACGCCUUGUGAACAGCUUCAAGUGGGCCCAGGUAUGUGUGGAAUGGGCAGAUGAACAGAAUUUAUUGGCAUGGGUUGGCACCAUGAAAGAGCUACCAUACUCGACUUGGUUUUCUGGGCACGGAUGUGCGGAGUUGGGGCUGGCUAUGCUGGCCGGAGCUCUGAGGAAGGUUGGAAAGGGGGGGGGUGACUCCUUUUUGCCGUCCUACGAGUUCGAGAUCUCUGCCAAAGCCAGAGGUGCAACAGUGGACCGGAUUCCAGAACACUGUUGCCAAUAUGUCGACAUUCUGAGAAUGCUAAAUGAGAGCUCCAGAAAAAGUCUCCAGGAGCUUGAAGCUACCUGCCCCAAGGUCUCAGAGGACGUGUGGACGUUCUUAUUGAAGCAAGAGUUUGUUUAUGAACAGCUUUGCCCCCGCCACAGGAACAGGUGUUCUGUGCCUCGAACGGUUUUGGACAUAUCUGGCUCAAUGUGCAAGGGUUUCAGCACGCUUGGAAAAAAAGACCAAGGAGGGCUCCUACGCGAAGAAUCCCAAUACAACAAGCUCCUGUUGGCGUGGGCCAUUGCCCACGGUAGGGCUGAGACCCCAAUACUCAUACACGAGAAUGUUCGAGGAUUCUCUUCCAGCUACCUAGCUGGAAAAUUGGAGCAUUUCCACUAUAGGCACGUAUCCACCAUCAAAACUACUGGAUCGGACUGCGGUUUGCAUGCAAACAGCCGCAAACGUGUGUAUGACGUGUUCAUCCUGGACAAGUAUAUGGAGCAGGUGUUGGACCCAGCACAAGUCUACAGCAACAUGGUGAACCACUUACAGUCUGUCCUUGAGCCCGUUCCGCUGGAGGAUGUGGCUUGGAUGGAAGCAGAGAGCUUUCCACAUGAGCUCCGACAAGAGAUGCUUGAAAAUUGUAAUCAGAACUGUGCAUUGGACCGAGAUAAAAUCCUGCACAUGGACAUGUCCGACUGGAGAGUUCUUCUGAGUUCCUCUGAGCAAGCUAACUACCGGGCCUAUUUGAAGGAUUUGGGCCAAGCAGAUCUUCCAAAGGAAAGCAGACCGAUCCGUGCAGUUUGCGUGUCCCAAGACCCCAGCUUCAUCAACAUGGGGGGCUCCCCAGAGAAGCUCCCCGCUUUUACCACAGACAGUACCCGCCGCAUCAUGCUCACGAGCAAAGAGCGGUGGCUCACCGCUGCUGAGAAAAUGGCCAUUACGGGAUUUCCAGUACACAAGGAAUUGGGAGAAGCAGCAUUGGUUCCCGUUGUUCCAGUUGAUAGCACAGGUUUGUGGCAUCGGGGAGUUGGCAACGGUAUGAUUGUCGGCAAUGUCGGCAUGAUUGCGCUGAGUGUACUUGUUUCUCUGAAGCCCAAACCACUCAUGGAGGAUGCUAUUGCAAGAGCUUUGCGUGAUCGGGAUCUGCUGGGUAUGCCAAAGGAGCUUCGCUUCCAUAAUGGGUGGAAGAAGUGGAGAUUGGAAGUAGGGGAAACCACCCACAGUUUCACUGACAAAAGUCAGGCACGCGCUGCUGCCACAUGGCUUCAACAAUGCAAGCACCAGCUGGAACUUGAGAGUGGUAAGGCUCUUCAGGAGGAACUGAAAGUGGCCGGAGUCCCUCGGAAGAGAAACAAGGAGGACUUGGUCAAGUCCAUUCUCCGUCUUCGCUAUAAAGCAGAAAAUCGAGGUUGUAUUUGCUGCAGCGGUCUUCAGACAUCAAAGGAGCCAGAAAAUGCAAAGAAGAAGGGCCACCCGCCGGAGGAAGAUGUGCCCGCCAAGGUCAGAGGGUAUUUAAGAAUUCAGUGGAUCCGCCCUGAAAUUCACCAGGAGGCUCUGGAGAAAGCAAAGAAGAAGGGGAUCAAACAGGAUCUGUUGCAUACAGAGG